AUGCUGGAAUCGUGCUCGCAGCGUACCCCAGAGAUCAUGAGUCUGGCUCACCUUGCUUACGGGUCCGAAAAUUCGCUCGUCUUUGACAAACACAUUGUCCGUUCACGGACUGGAGUCCAACAAGGUGACCCUCUUGGGCCCUUACUAUUCGCUCUGUCAAUCGACGAGGUGGCUCGUAAUGUAAAGACACCUCUCAACCUUUGGUACCUUGACGAUGCCACUAUUGGUGGCCCUGUUGAUGUCGUCUUGGAUGAGUUAUAUAAAAUUGUUUCUGCCCUGGCAAAAAUGGGGCUGAUAAUCAACACCAAAAAAACUGAGAUCAUAAAUAUCUCAGUCCCAAUUCAAGACUUUGGCUUAGUAAUGGAAAAGAUUUCAGAAAUCUUGCCAGACACAAAACAAACACGCCUCAACGAUGUUUAUUUUCUUGGGUGUCCUUUUGGAGAGUCCGAAGUGCAAAACCACCUCAGAGCUAAGAGUGUCGAAAUGUCCCGUUUUACUGAACGCCUCUCUCUACUCGACUCCCACACGGCCUUUUUCCUCCUCAAAAAUUGCAUCCACGUGCCCAAACUGUUAUAUUUAUUGAGAUGCUCGCCCUGCUUUAUACAAGAUGAAAUAUUGCAUUCUAUCGAUGAUACGUUAAGAUUGUGUGCCGAAUGGAUCCUAAAUGUCCGUUUCGAUAAUGAUGGGUGGACCCAGUGUAAACUACCUCUUAAUUCUGGCGGAGCUGGCCUAAGAUCCGCCCUGGACCUUGCCCUCCCAGCUUUCCUGUCCUCUCACUCAUCCUGCCGAAGGCUAUCCUUGGAGAUUCUACAUAAAUCCCCCGAAUCUUCUUUGGACAGGCCUUUUGAAGAUGGAUGUAUGCUGUGGAAGGAAUCAGGAUUAAAAUUCCCGAUCCAAACAUCACUCCAACAGAGCUGGGACAAAUUACGCUGCGAAUUCACCGCAGACAACCUGGCAAUGAGGCUCGACCAGCACCGCCUCGCCUGCUUACGCUCUGCAGCUGUGCCACACAGUGGGUCAUGGCUGAAUGCUAUGCCAAUUGCUGGCCUCGGAACAUUAUUAGAGGAUGACUGCAUGCGUAUCGGUACUGCACUGAGACUCGGACUUGACAUCUGCGAACAACAUCGUUGUAGAUGUGGAAAAAUGGUUGACGUCAAAGGUGUACACCCACUCUCUUGCAAACGAAGUGCUGGCCGAGCUCCUCGGCACUCCGCUAUUAACAAUGUUAUCUUAAGAGCUCUUGAGUCGGUGGGCUUCCCCUCGAUCCUAGAGCCAGUGGGCUUAGAUCGUGGAGAUGGGAAAAGACCCGAUUAUGUUAAAAUUCAAUCCAGAAUUAAUGUUAUAUUAUAA